UCUUCCUGCCAGCGCAAUCGAAAGCCUACUGAAAACUCGCUGCCCAAAACCUUCCAGGCCGAUGGCGUAUGCACAGAUCAAGAAUUCUCUGAUUUUGUCAAUCGGGCUGCUGUUUUUCUUGGCGCUGUGGUUGUUCAUUUACGAUGACUGGACAGGUGCCAGGCCUCUUCCCAGGCCUCUUCCUAGGCCUCUCCAGCAGCAGCCCAGGAUUGGAUCUGACGGAGUCACAAUCAAAACACCAGCCCCCGCCAUGAAGGACCCAGGCCUGGGUGCCGAGGAGUGGGACCGGAUACAGAGGACACUCCAGUGGGGUGGACCGGACCACCAGGUCACCACAGCAAACAUGAGCACCAGCCCUGACAUCUCCACCUUCAUCAUUAAUGACUUCAAGGACACUUACCAUGUGGGAGAUGAACUCCAAGUCACCAUUGUUUCCAAGGACUUUACCGGUGCACCGAAACGCUAUGGAGGGGAUUUAUUCCAGGCAAAGGUUUAUUCAGACAAACUAAAGGCUAGUGUGUUUGGAGAGGUACUGGACCACCAGAAUGGCACCUACUUGGCCCGGUUCACUCUGCCCUGGGCAGGCGAGGCGUCGGUGGCGGUCCGUCUGAUUCACUCCAGCGAGGCUGUGUUGGUCCUUAAGCAGCACCGGAACACAGACUCCGACCGUGGCAACUUCUUUGGCUACUUUGUGGGCAAGAACCCCCAGGGUGCUCGAGUGGAAGAGACAGUGGAGUGCAAUAUCAAAUGGGACGGAGUGGUGCUGUCGACCCAGAGGAACUGUUGCUGUGAGUACCAGGAUGCUCGCACGAGGCUGACGUGGCAGUGCCGCAAACCCCACACUCUGCCCUGUGACGCCCUGGUGGACCACUCUAAAGGGGACUUAAGGAAUCGCCUGACUUCCCUCGAGGGGGUACUGCUGGACAGCAAAUAUGCAGACCGGUGGCUGAAUGGUGACACACGCCUGUUUAGAGUCAGCUCCUCGAAUGCAACUAUUGGAGUGAGAGAGCCGUGUAAACCUGGACUGCCAACGCCGAUACCAGCAGGAUUUUACCUGAAGGACGUCUGGAUAUCAUUUGUGUGUGAUGCCCGUCAUUUUGCAUCCAACAUCGCAACCCAGUGUCUGAAGGACAAGCACAUCUACAUUAUGGGAGACUCAACUACCAGGCAGUGGUUUGACUUCCUCAUCAAGGCUGUUCCUACUUUAAAGCGUAUGAACCUCCACACCAAUUUCCAAGUGGGGCCACUGAUGGCUGUGGACGUGCAGAACAACAUCGACCUGCACUACCGCUGCCACGGACUUCCCCUACGCUCCAAAAAGACCUCAAUGUCGUCGCUUCACUACAUGAGCAACGAGAUUGACGACAUGGUUGGUGGGCCGCACACAGUCAUCAUCUUCAACUUGUGGGCACACUUCACCACCUACCCGAUCAACUUCUUUGCCUAUCAUGUGUUUCUGAUUCGCCGUGCAGUCGUGGCACUGCUUAGACGGGCGCCAGAGACCAAGGUCAUCAUCAAGUCAGCUAACACAGGGUUCAAGAAUAUCUUUAGCAGUGACUGGUAUUCAUUGCAGCUGGACCGAAUCUUGAGGGAAGCAUUCCGCGACAUGGAAGUGUACAUCCUGGACGUGUGGCAGAUGACCGCCUGCCACUAUACCAAAGACAACAUCCAUCCAGCCCCAGUGGUCAUCAAAAAUGAAGUCGACAUUCUUCUCUCCUUUAUCUGCCCCCAGUAAGAGAGACAAACCCCUCUGACUCUCUCGCCUUCACUUGGUGUCCUAAAACACCUCGUCACUUUGGCCCAUUGACUCACUCACUCUUUCGCUCGCUCAUUCUGAUGACCGGUUUCUAUCUCAGCACGCAGGACCUCCAGGUGCCACUGAGCACAGACAUUUGAGCCACUGUGCCCCUGCCUAUGCAUACGUUUGAAGUGUGAAGUCACUGUCUUAAGGUACCAUUUGGUUGGCACCCUGCUGUUGUGCUGUUCCUUCUCACCCCCUCUCCUCCUCUUUAGGUUCAUGGAGAGGCCUAAACUCAAGUUCCAGUCAACUCAGUUCAAGUUUAAAAUGUAUUUGUUGAAUGGGGAAUUAUAGCAUUUAUGUUUAGUGUCAUUUUAAUGGUCUCAGUGCAUGAAGUACAGUAAAAGCACGGUUCCCAUGGGUCAUGGAAUUUCUGGAAUAUCAUGGGAAUUUGUUGAAGUCUAUUCCAUACAUGGAAAGUCAAGGAAUUAUAUAAUGUGGGGCAAAGUCAUGGAAUAUCAAGGAAUUUUGUUGUAACUGUUUAAAUUUUACUUGCCAAAAUACAUGCAAAUAUAUGUCUACCCAGAAUUGGUGUAUGUCUGGUAAUUAGCUUUAAUGCUUGCUUGAGUGUUAUGGUUAUCCCAACUUUGUUUAGUCCAUGUCCAUUUACUCAUCCCCCUACUCUAAGAAUAGUCAAACUCUUCAACACUAUGCGGCUACUCUGAAAUCUUAUAUCGGUGUUAUGAUUCAAUCUAUAGUAGGCCAUGGAAAUUCAGGUUCAAGUCAUGGAA